UAUCCCCGCCGACUGCGAAAAUUACGUGUAGUUCCUGAAUGCGACAUGAAGGCGGCGGCGGCGGCACCUUUUGAUGUUGAGAGAAGCUCAACUUUCUGCGAAUCUUUCAGGCGUAUGGGGCAAGAAGAGGACAUCUUGUGGGAAUCGCUGAUCUCGUCUGUGAAAAGGAAGAGAAAGAAAGAGCCAAAGAAGGGCAAAAGCAUCUCCAAAAUCAAAUGCAACAUUCCCGAAAAGACAAAUGGGAGCGAUGAGAAGAGCAAGCAAAAAGAUGCAAAGCAAAGAAAAAAAGACAAGAAGAAGGAGAAGAAGAAGGAGAGGAGGAAAUGCGUUGCUUUCAAGACAAAUGAAAUUUUCAUGUCCAGCACCAACGAGUCCAUACUGGUAGGGGACACCCACAACAAAAGCAAAAAUAAAAGGAAAGUUGGUUUCGAUUUGUCGUCCAGCCGCAUUCUUGUUAAACGUCCCAACUCUGCAUCUCCAUCUCCAAUGUUGUCACAAGACAAGGUGUAUUCUCAGGUGAGUCAUCAUCACCAAUGUCGAGAAGAAGAUUCUCAGCUGGAGGACUUCAACAGCCAGGACUUGUUCAUCACCCAAAAGACUUUCGGACCGUCCAGCUCCGAAUCUAGCGGUGAGGGCGCCUCCAAAGCCACGUGGACACGACACGCAGAUACACCACGCAGCUCUCUGGAUGGUGUGGAACACCUGCAGAAGCAUCCCAGGAACAAGAAGCGGGUGCAUCGACUGAAGAAGCAAAACAAGAAGUGUUCCUUCCACACAGGAGGUGGGUCCAGCCCAGGUCUUGUCUCACAUACUGCCAAGGCCCGUCCUCAGGUGGAUGAGGGGGCCGCUGCAGACGUGUCUCCAAAGGUAGCCAAGCUUUUAGUCCAGCAGACGUCCCUUAGACAAACGGUGAGCACCUCCACGCAGACACAGAACUUCUUCACCGCUCUGUACUCUUCCUACCUCUGCUUCCGCAAAACAAGACUGUGCGCUGAAGACGUCCACCCUCUGGACCUCAGCCUGCCGCAUCGAGCCAGGAGACACCUUGGCAGGUGCGUGGAAGGAAGUGAUGAUGUCACCGAGGGGCGUGAGGAGCAAGCGGGCUGUGAUCCUCUGUCCCAUCCAAUGAUAGAGGAGAAGACAGAAGCUGAUUUUGGACAAGAAGGUUGUGUCCGAGCCAAGAGGAAAGAGGACACAACCCCAAGUCCUCUGUCCGAAUCCGAGACCAAGUCUGUGGACACCAACACCUCCAGCGACUGCAACCAAGCGUCCUGCCGCAGCAGAAAGUUGGACCCCAUCCAGGUCAGACCCGUCCAGAUGAGACUGAACGAGUCGUUUUUCUUUAAGGCCAAAGGGGACGGACUUUCGCCCAGACCCGAGUCACCGCUCAUGAAACUCGCCGAGGGCAGAGUCGGCGAGCGGGACGUGAAAGGCAAGAAGAGACACUGACAAGUUAGCAGUUGUUUGUCAUGUUUUCUGACGUUCAUUGUCUCAGAACAAAACGUUACUCGUGUUGAAAAAUGGAGGGUAGCGUGGGGAUUCGCUGCUCGUCAUUAACGUCCUUACUUUUAAUGCAUGGAUAAGGAAGUAAUUACAUGUUCAAGUUAACCUGAGAUACUUUUGAUUUAUGUUAUUGUGUUGUUAAAACAUUAUUAAGGCUUUUACGGAAUUAAUAAAGCAGAUGUUAUGGUAUUGAACGUGUUUGAUUAGGGCUAGUAAUAGCUGUUGAACUGCUACAGUAUAUUUAUUAUUGAUAUUCCAUGCAUUUCCUUGCAUUUUUGCAUUUUUGAGGGCCUCAACAUACACGAAAACUCACCAAAGUUUGCAAGCACCUAAGUAAAAGUUGGAUACUUGAACACCAAUGCUUAAACAACAGUAGCGCCCCCUGUACAUUAAAAGAGCCUAUUAAAUGAAUC